AUGAGUGGCUACAGGCGUGCUGGGUAUCCUUCUCCUCCAUCGAAUCCGCCUCACACAAUCCUCCUUUUGACUGUGGUGGCCAUUUUUUUGGUGGUGCCCUCAUUUAUAGCAGAACAGACCAGUUUGGAGGUUCUGACCGAGGUAAAUCCUUUGAUGGUAAUGGUGGCGCCGCUUUUUUUGGUCUUGGCGAUAAGAUGGCUUUCGUCUGUGGGUAAGAGAGGAGGAGGAGGAGGGAUUCCUGUCGGUACUCCUCAUUCUGUAAGUAGAACAUCAGGUGGAUCCCCUGUGGGUGUCGCCAUUGUACUUCUCAUUGUUUUGCUCAUGGUCUGGUACCAGUCCUCUGGAGAGGAAGAGACAUUUGAAUGA